GCAACCCUCAAGUGUAAACAAACCUCUGAACUCCAGACCAUGUGAACUUUGACCUCGCUCAGAACCUGGAAAAUGACCUUGUCUCGCCUAGUUGCGGGUGCCAGGUGGUGCCACUUGAGCUUGUCCAACCUUCGAGGGGGCUUAAGGCACCAAAAUACCCUCCGAAGCAGGGAAAUAUGGCCGACUUCUCCCUCCACGACCCAGGCGAGGUCACACUCCAUGGAAACAAGGUCACUGAUCGAGCAGAAAUACGCGGUGGAAAAGGACACACUCCUCUUCAGAAACGAGAACAGGAGAUUCUUCAAGCUGAUUAAUCUUUUCGCCAUGUCCCAGUUCUUCUUCUGGUCGUACCUAAGUCACUUCGCCCUGACCAUGAUGAAGGACGUGGAGGUGCCGGCCCAGGUCAGGGACGACCCUAACGUCCCUUGGUGGAGGAAGAUGAACCUGGGGAAGUACCGCAACGGCAUCACGGUCAGCUGCUUCAUGAUUGGCUGGGGCACGAUGGCUCUGGCAUGGAUGUACACCCUGCGCAGCGUACGGUAUCUCGUGCUGAAGAAAGGCGGCAAGACCCUGGCCUUUGUCACCUUCACUCCCUUUGGUAAGAAUAGGACUCUCGCCGUCCCCUUAGAAAAGGUCUCGGCCAAACAGAGCCGACUAACAGCCACUGUCCACCUGCCGCUCAAAGUGAAGGGCAAAUACUUCCAUUACAUCCUAGACAUGCGCGGCCAGUUCCCCAACGCAAAGCUCUUUGACUACUCUGCCGGACUCAGGAGAAAUUGGGCGCAGUAGGGGAGAUAGCGCAGUUUGUGGCCUCUUUGCCGAAGUCAUGAUGUAGCGACUUUUUUUUGUAGAGCGGGUGUAUAUAACAAUAAUGAUAUUUGUUUUUGAUAUAUGAA